AUGAGUAACACUAAGUUAACAUAACUAAUAUUACUACGCAAUCAUUCUUAAGCAGAUAAUUACUACUAUUCUAAAUCUUUGAAUGACUUCAUGGAAAAUGCAAGAUCAACUUAAGUUAUCAACUUUCAUUACAUCUUAAACUUAAAUCAAGAAGCAGAAUAAUUGAGAAGAACUUAUCCUAUAAAUGAAAUUGUAAACAAAAUCACUUCCUUGGUUCACUAUUACAAAUUUCACAAUGACAUUCCAAGGUGUUUUCUUCCAAAGAUCGCUGAAAUUAUGAGCAAUUAUCAUGACAAGAGAAGGCAAGUAGAAUAUGUUAAGAUUAAGCGAAUGAUAGAUUAUCAAAAUAAAAUACAUCCUGAUCAACCUCAAAAAAAAAUUGUUGGUGAUAUAUCUGAUUUGAGUAUUACUUAAAGAUCAGGUAAAAAAUAUAGCAAUAUUUUGAAUAAUAUAACCGAAACUUCAAACACCAUCGAUAAAAUUAAAACUAAACUUAACUCAAUUAAAUUAAAUGUUGAAGAUCUACAAUUAAUGCAAUCAAAUAGAGAACAAGAACAACUAGACAGUUUUUUAAAACACAUCUCCAAAAGGAAGCAAAAACAAUCCUAGGUUCCCAAUUCUCUAAUCCUUAAAUUUCCAAUUGGAUUAUCAUCACGAACCAUUAAAUAGGUCUUAUCAAGAAAGAUGAUUACUUAAUAAUAAACUUAAACAACUAGCAUAAACACUGCUAAAACGAGUAAACAGCUUUCACAAUACUACCAACCUCCUCAUAUCUAAUCUUCAUUAAAAACCAACCCUAAAUAACUUCCUACUUAAAAGGGGUUUAAUCACUUUGGAUCAUUCACUUAACGAGUAGUCAAAGAAAAUCCACUAUCUAAAUUGUUAUCUCCUUUAAAAAUUUAGUUAGUCAAUGUAAACAGUCCAUCCAAUAAAUGUAAAACCACUGUAUCCAUUUCUAAACAAUUUAAAAUUACUGACUCGCUGAAGCUAUCAUCUAUACUUCAUUAGCAUACUAAGUCUGAUUUGAAAUUCUUUAGAAAAAUAUGA